AUGGGGAGGAAGCCUGACGCGGCAGCCAAAUCGUACUACUCCGGCGGCGGCGGCGGCGGCGCCUCCUCGCCGAGGGCAGCGAGGAAGGCGCCGCGUUCUCCGGUGUUCCUUGGAACUGCGCUGUUCGUUCUAGGGCUCGUGUCCCUCUUUACGGGACACGUGGUCACUGACGCUGACUGGGCGCGGAUCCGGAGUCGAUGGCGAUCCAAGCAGCAUAGAAACUACGAACCUAUUGAUAUUUGGGAAUCCAAGUAUUCCAGCAUGUACUACGGAUGCAGUGGGAGAAGCGCAGAUUUCAGAUCUGCUGUGCCAGAGAAUAGUUCCACUGGUUACUUGUUGAUUGCAACUAGCGGGGGCCUGAAUCAACAGCGCAUAGGGAUAACAGAUGCUGUUGUAGUUGCCUGGAUUUUGAAUGCCACACUUGUUGUACCUGAGUUAGACCACCACUCAUUCUGGAAAGACGACAGUGACUUCUCUGACAUUUUUGACGUGGAGUGGUUCAUUUCGUACCUAUCAAAGGAUGUAACUAUUGUCAAAAGGAUCCCUUAUGAAGUAAUGUUGUCAAUGGAUAAACUACCGUGGACCAUGCGUGCACCUAGGAAAUCAAUGCCUGAGUUUUACAUGGAUGAAGUUUUGCCAAUACUCAUGCGAAGGCGAGCUUUGCAAUUAACAAAGUUUGAUUAUAGGCUCACUAGCGAUCUUGAUGAAGAUUUGCAAAAGUUGCGUUGCCGAGUAAAUUUUCAUGCUUUAAAAUUUACGAGUUCUAUACACGCCAUGGGUCAUAAACUUGUUCAAAAGCUGAGACUCAUGAACACACGAUAUGUCGCCAUUCAUUUGAGGUUUGAACCUGACAUGCUUGCAUUUUCUGGCUGUUACUACGGUGGCGGUGAAAAAGAAAGAAAGGAAUUGGGUGAAAUUAGGAAACGAUGGGAUACAUUACCUGAGUUGAGUGCUGAAGAUGAACGCAGCAGGGGGAAAUGCCCACUGACUCCUCAUGAAGUCGGGUUAAUGCUCCGAGCUCUUGGUUUUGGCAAUGAUACACUUCUGUUUGUUGCUUCUGGAGAAAUAUAUGGUGGAGAUGAAACUCUCCAACCUCUUAGGAAACUUUUCCCAAAUUUCUACACUAAGGAGAAGCUUGCUGGGGAUGAUUUGAAUCCCUUCCUUCCUUUUUCUUCACGGCUGGCUGCAAUUGACUUCGUUGUUUGUGAUGAGAGUGAUGUCUUUGUUACAAAUAAUAAUGGUAACAUGGCCAAAGUUUUAGCUGGCCGGAGGCGAUACAUGGGCCACAAGAGAACUAUUCGCCCGAAUGCAAAGAAACUCAAUGUACUAUUUCAGACACGGAAUCAGUUGGGCUGGGAUACCUUUUCACGGAAGGUACAGAAAAUUCAGAGGGGUCUUAUGGGUGAGCCGGAUGAUAUCAGACCAAGACAGGAUGACUUCCAUGAGUUUCCAUCAUCUUGCAUCUGUUUAAGAAAACCUGGGAACAUAUCGGUCACAACAUGA